AGUUUACACAUUCAGAAUAUACUUCGAAAUAUUCUGAAGAUUAGUAUAUAUAUGAGAACGAUACAUGAAGGUUCUGUUUUCACACUUCAUUUUCCGGAGGCGCCAAGGGUCUGUUCCGCAUUCUUUCACCCCAAUUGUCUUGGGUUGCGCACACCAGGGACACCACUAUGGAUCGUAAGGCGGCCGAUAACAACAAAACUAUGGAUGCUGAGAUGAAAGUUAACAUGGUCAGAUUGAUGUCUUCAGACGGAGAAAUCUUUGAAUUGGAGGAGGAAGCAGCUUCUCAAUCUCAAGCGAUCAAAUCUUUGAUCGAAACUCUAGGCACGGAUGAACCGAUCCAGCUGCCUUAUGUGAGCAGGAAGAUUCUCGCGACAAUGGUACGAAUUUGCAAGAGCAAACUGGAGUCACAGAAUCUUCUCAAGCGCAGCAAUCAGAAAAGUUAACCGUGAAGGUUGUUUACAGGGUGGAGUAAAAGUGGAUAUCACUUUGAUACGUGGACUGUUGCAAUUCGGAGCUGAUCACCAAGAUUGUUUCAUUCUUUUAUUUAGACGGUGAUACACUGUGAAAGACGUAUAUAUUUGUAUAUUUCGAUAUUACACGUUUCAGGCUGUAAUCCUGAAACCAUAUCCACGGAAGAUGAAGAUGUGCUCUUCCUUCUGGCUCAUAUAUAUUUGAUGUAAUCGAAACCUUUAC